AUGAUUGAUACAGAUAAACCGGAUCCAAUCUUAAAACAAGUUCCAUUAAUCAAAAAUCCCGCAUUUCAGCCACCAAGACCAAUCACUUUAAGUAAUAAUUAUAAUAAAUUAAUUCCUACAUUAUCAUCAACGGUAGUCCCACCUAAAUUAAAUAUAUCUGAUACAGAAAUUGAUAGUUGGUUGAAUGAAAUACGAUCACUUCGUGAACAAAUCAAAAAUAAGCAAACUAAUGAUAAUAAUCGACAAUGUACUAAAUAUGAAAAUUGGAUUCGAGAACAAAGUAAUAAAAUUGCACCUGGAUUUAAUUAUACAGUUAUGCAACCACAGAAAUCAAUGAGAAAUCAAGAAAGGAAACUAACUACCAAAAAAGAAGAAGAAGAACAAGAGGAGGAGGAAAGUGAUGAUAAUAAUGAUAAUGAUAAAGAUAAUGGAUCUGGUUAUGAUGAAAUGAAUGAAUUAGAUAGAAUAUUUGGGACAACGAAAUUAAAUUGA